UAGCAGUAGGGGCGCUAGUUUCUGUAUUGAUGCAUGUUGGAAAACAUUGUUAAAAAUCAAGUGUUGUGAUUUAGGGAAGGGUGUUCUGUAUAUCGUUGUGUUUCUCUUUUGGGAGUCGCUGUUAAUGUUUCUUAAAAAUGUUUCACAAGAAUGAAGAAAUGCAAAGAUGAGAUUGUUUAUCUUUUUUAAUAUUUUAACAUUUUAACGAAGAAUAUAAAUUCACAAAUUGUUUAGACUAGCUAAUGCUAUGAGAUGGCAGCCGCUACUGGACUGGAAAUUUCGAGACGAAACCCUCAAGAUGAGUAUGAUCUUAUCCAGCGCAUUGGUAGUGGUACUUAUGGUGAUGUAUAUAAGGCAAGGAGGAUUAGUACUGGAGAGCUAUCUGCAGUGAAAGUCAUUAAAUUGGAACCUGGGGAUGAUUUUGCUAUUAUACAGCAAGAGAUACUCAUGAUGAAAGGUUGUAGACAUCCUAAUAUCGUGGCGUAUUUUGGAAGCUAUUUGAGGCGAGAUAAAUUAUGGAUAUGCAUGGAGUACUGUGGAGGAGGAUCUUUACAAGAUAUAUAUCACUUAACUGGGCCUUUGUCUGAGCUGCAGAUAGCAUAUGUGUGCCGUGAAACUCUAAAAGGAUUAGCAUACCUUCAUUCAAUGGGGAAAAUGCAUAGAGAUAUCAAAGGAGCAAAUAUUUUAUUAACAGAAAAUGGAGAUGUGAAACUAGCUGAUUUUGGAGUUUCAGCCCAAAUUACUGCAACAAUAAGCAAGAGGAAGUCUUUUAUUGGAACACCUUAUUGGAUGGCUCCUGAAGUAGCUGCUGUGGAACGAAAAGGUGGUUACAACCAGCAAUGUGACAUAUGGGCUGUUGGUGUCACUUCAAUUGAACUUGCUGAAUUACAGCCUCCUAUGUUUGAUUUGCAUCCAAUGAGAGCUUUAUUUUUAAUGUCAAAAUCAGGUUUUAAACCACCACAGCUGAAGGACAGAAAUAAAUGGACUCCUGUUUUCCAUCAUUUUGUCAAAGUAGCUUUAACAAAAAACCCAAAAAAAAGGCCGACUGCAGAAAGACUAUUACAG